UGCCGUGGCGACGCAUCACGGCGGCCUGGGUGGAACUGACUGUGAAGGUCACCGCCAGCUCGGUGCUGUGGACAGUUGGUCGCGAUCUGGGGGGUUCCGCUACUGGCGCAGUGCUGAUUUGGGGGGUCGAGCUGCGGCUGUCACUCCCCCACCCCCGCCUGGGUGACCCGGGGAGACGCCUAGGGGCGUGUCUGGUGACGUGGUCCCCUCCGGUCGCGUUACAAUGGCCGUGCCGACUCUGACCUCACCGACUAAUUUAGGAAUCCGUGGCUCGGUCCCAGAACGGGCUCAAAGUUGCCGGGAGGGUCGGGGUGGGGGGUGGGGGGACCCCGGCUGCUCGUUUGGAUGAUCCUGGAGCUCCCCGCUCGUAGGGGCUCAGCGACCCAAGUUUUCCAAACUGGAGCGAAGGCGGAGAGAAGCCAGGCCUCGGAAAACCAUGGCUGCCAAUAAAGGAAUGGCGAUCGGCAUCGACCUGGGCACCACCUACUCGUGCGUGGGCGUGUUCCAGCACGGCAAGGUGGAGAUCAUCGCCAACGACCAGGGCAACCGCACGACCCCCAGCUACGUGGCCUUCACCGACACCGAGCGGCUCAUCGGCGACGCCGCCAAGAACCAGGUGGCCAUGAACCCGCAGAACACUGUUUUUGAUGCCAAACGUCUAAUUGGCAGGAAGUUUAAUGAUCCUGUGGUGCAGUCGGACAUGAAGCUUUGGCCAUUUCAAGUCAUUAACGAAGGGGGCAAGCCCAAGGUGCUGGUGUCCUACAAGGGCGAGAAGAAAGCCUUCUACCCCGAGGAGAUCUCGUCCAUGGUGCUGACCAAGAUGAAGGAGACCGCAGAGGCCUUUUUGGGCCACAGUGUCACCAACGCGGUGAUCACGGUGCCCGCCUACUUCAACGACUCGCAGCGGCAGGCCACCAAGGACGCGGGCGUGAUCGCGGGUCUGAACGUGCUGCGCAUCAUCAACGAGCCCACGGCGGCCGCCAUCGCCUACGGCCUGGAUAAAGGAAGUCACGGGGAGCGCAACGUGCUCAUCUUCGACCUGGGGGGCGGCACGUUCGACGUGUCCAUCCUGACGAUCGACGACGGCAUCUUCGAGGUGAAGGCCACGGCGGGCGACACGCACCUGGGCGGGGAGGACUUCGACAACCGGCUGGUGAGCCACUUCGUGGAGGAGUUCAAGAGGAAGCACAAGAAGGACAUCAGCCAGAACAAGCGCGCGGUGCGGCGCCUGCGCACGGCCUGCGAGCGGGCCAAGCGGACCCUGUCGUCCAGCACGCAGGCCAACCUGGAGAUCGACUCCCUGUUCGAGGGCAUCGACUUCUACACGUCCAUCACCAGAGCACGGUUUGAAGAGUUGUGUGCAGACUUGUUUAGAGGCACGCUGGAGCCCGUGGAGAAGUCUCUCCGGGAUGCCAAGAUGGACAAGGCUAAAAUCCAUGACAUUGUCCUGGUGGGCGGCUCGACGCGCAUCCCCAAGGUGCAGAAGCUGCUGCAGGACUUCUUCAAUGGACGGGAUCUCAACAAGAGCAUCAACCCCGAUGAGGCGGUGGCCUACGGGGCGGCGGUACAGGCAGCUAUUUUAAUGGGUGACAAGUCUGAAAAAGUACAAGAUUUGCUUUUGUUGGAUGUAGCUCCCCUGUCUCUAGGAUUGGAGACGGCGGGCGGCGUGAUGACGGCGCUCAUCAAGCGCAACUCCACCAUCCCCACCAAGCAGACGCAGAUCUUCACCACCUACUCGGACAACCAGCCCGGGGUGCUGAUCCAGGUGUACGAGGGCGAGAGGGCCAUGACGCGCGACAACAACCUGCUGGGGCGAUUUGACCUGACGGGAAUACCCCCUGCACCUAGGGGCGUGCCCCAGAUCGAGGUGACCUUUGACAUUGAUGCCAAUGGAAUUCUCAACGUCACAGCCAUGGACAAGAGCACCGGCAAGGCCAACAAGAUCACCAUCACCAACGACAAGGGCCGGCUGAGCAAGGAGGAGAUCGAGCGCAUGGUGCAGGAGGCCGAGCGCUACAAGGCCGAGGACGAGGGCCAGAGGGAGAAAAUCGCAGCCAAAAACGCCUUAGAAUCCUACGCUUUUAACAUGAAGAGCGCCGUGAGCGAUGAAGGUCUGAAGGACAAGAUCAGUGAGUCCGAUAAAAAGAAAAUCCUGGAUAAAUGUAACGAGGUCCUCUCCUGGCUGGAGGCCAACCAACUGGCUGAGAAAGACGAGUUUGACCAUAAGAGAAAAGAGCUGGAGAACAUGUGCAACCCGGUCAUCACAAAGCUCUACCAGGGAGGGUGCACCGGCCCCACCUGUGCCCCGGGGUACACACCCAACAGGGCUGCCACAGGCCCUACCAUUGAGGAAGUAGAUUAGCCUUUUCUGGAACUGCAGGGUGCUAGGGAGCCUCUAGGUGAAUCUUAUUCACCUUCAAACAUCACUCUGACUCUGGAGAUGACUGGACUUGAACCUACACCGCCAUCCUUUGGGACUCUGAUGGAGAAGUCUGUACUCCAUCUUCUCAUGCCCCCACCCUCUCGUCUAUGACCCCGAAAUGGACCUUUAGGAAAACCAGUCCCCUCUUUGAACCAUUUGAAGAAUCUGGAUGUCUGUUAUUUAUGAGCCACACCCCACCUUCCUCCUUCCUGUGUGGAUGGUUAUUUGUCUCUCAGUAAAGUUGUUCCCAAAGA